ACUGGUCAAAUGAACCAGGGGGCGAAGUCCAGUUCUCGCGAUGUGUGGGAAUACUGUGCCUACACUGUAUCGCAGCAACAGAAAUGGCCGCUUUGCGUAGACUCUUCCUGGCGCUGAACAAGCCCACCAGGUUUAAUUUCACUUCCCUGCCGCGAAAUAAUCGCUUCGGGGCUCAGACUAUUAAGAAAACGAGUGUACAGAGGUCUGUUGCGAUAGGAAUAUGCCUCGCUGCCGGAGGUGCUGUAGCGUAUUACUGCUACCAGGAGAUGUAUAACGACAGACGCAGGACGGGAUACCGACUCAACCGCGGAGUCCUGCUUCCAUCCCUACCCGCAGUAGCUGCUAAAGAAAAGGCCCAGACGAUCGACCUGGAGGACGGCGACGUGCGCAUGUCGUCCCACGAGCACCGGUUCCGCAUGUUCAGCUCGGUGGAGUACGAGGGCCAGCUCUACAUGACGCCGCUGAACUUCAUCGAGUCCCUCACCAUGAGCGAGCCCAAGAAUAAGAAGUCAUGGAGGUCCCUCACCAAACAGGAGCUUGAGAAGAUUCUCACAGACACGCCUCCCGUUUGGAAAGGAACCUCAAAACUGUUCCGGAAUCUGCGGGAAAGAGGCAUCAUCGCUUACACUGAGUAUCUCUUUCUGCUCUGCAUCCUGACAAAGCCCCACGCCGGAUUUAAAAUCGCCUUCAACAUGUUUGACGCAGAUGGAAACCAGAUGGUGGACAAGAGAGAGUUCCUGGUGCUUCAGGAGAUCUUUCGCAAGAAAAACGAGAAGAGGGAGAGAAAAGGAGAUGCUGAGAAAUCUGCACAGCUGAGUUUGCAGCUGUAUGGAUAUCACGUUGCCCCCGGCAACAGCGUUCUUAAAAAAGAGCCUCAGGAAUUUGUGCCCAGGAGCUACUGGGACAUUCUGAGACGGGGCACGAGUCAAGCUCUCUUUUCUGACCUGGCAGAGGACUUUAGAUUAGAGCGAGCGGAUGAGAACAUGAUGAUUGACACCACGCUGCUGGUGCAUUUCUUUGGGAAGAAGGGGAAGGCUGAGCUGACGUUCCAGGAUUUUUACAGAUUCAUGGACAACCUGCAGACUGAGGUCCUGGAGAUCGAGUUCCUCACCUACUCCAAGGGCAUGACCACCAUCAGCGAGGAGGACUUCGCCCGCAUCCUGCUGCGCUACACCAACGUGGAGAACAUCAGCAGCUACCUGGAGAACGUCCGGCAAAGCAUUCCAGAUGAGAAGACGCAAGAGGGAAUCACGUUCGAGGAGUUCAGGUCCUUUUUCCAGUUCCUGAACAACCUGGAGGAUUUCGCCAUCGCCAUGCAGAUGUACAACUUCGCCAGCCGCUCCAUCGGGCAGGACGAAUUUGCGCGUGCCGUUUACGUGGCGACGGGACUGAAGCUCACCCGCCACCUGGUCAACACCGUCUUCAAGAUCUUCGAUGUGGACCACGACGACCAGCUGAGCCACAAGGAGUUCAUCGGCAUCAUGAAGGACCGUCUGCACCGCGGCACUAGGAGCUACAAAACUGUAGAGCGCUUCACUUCCUUCCGAUCCUGUCUGAAAAAGGAGCUGGCGGGCAGCAGGUGAACCGGCGACGCCCGUCUUCCUUCCACACCUGUGUGAGGAGGGAGGCUGGGAAGCAGGUGAGGCAGCUGUGGAGGAGAUUCCAGGACAAACCGUAGAGGAGGAGGAGGAGGAGACGACCGUCACCGGGAUGCCUGGCAGAGCUGUCAAUCACUGAGACCGGACACACGCCCACACCCCGCCCAUUUCCCCCGUAAAAUGCUACACUUAAAACUCCUCUCAAACGGCAACACCAUCAUUCUGCUGUGACCCGCAAUCUCAACCUGUAGCUGUUUAAACUUCCCUUUAAUUUCUGCAUUAGAUCCAUGCAAGGAUGAUUUGUAGUAAUAACAAUAAUAAUUAUAUUUUGUGACAAAUUUUGUAAACCUCAGUCAAACAGGGGCUAGGCUUAUAAAUGUCAGAAUUUGGCCAAUGACACUAUACCACCACCUGGUGGUCAAUCUGCACUGCAUUUUAACUGAGGCAAGAGGUGCUUGAACAUCUAAAAAGAAUCCUGACAAAAACAGCAGGUUUCAAGCAUCACAGGUGUAAUUAUAGUACACUUGUGAAUUGUGACUAUUCAUGAGUAUGUCAGUGAGUAGUGAUAGUAAUAAUAAUGAACUUAUUUAUAUUUACGAGUGGUACAUAAUUAAUGUUGCACUUGUAAAUAUUCUUGAGUGUACGAGUAAUAAUUCAUUCACGAAUGCAGCUUUUAUGAGUACGUAAAAAGUACAUCAAGAACUCGGUUGGGAAUAGUCACGUGCAGGCAAAGUCUUUAGCUUCAGUACGACUGCAGCUUACAGCACAGACGGUCUCCGUAGCGACAGCGCUUAAGACGAGGAACGUAAUAAAACGCAGGUCUUGCCGGGCUCCUGAGUGGCUGUUCGCGAACACAGCGGAAACUCCCCGGAGUUGGAGGACACCGGGAGUCUGUCAUUAAUACGCUUUGUCUGCUCUGUCUUACCCGGGUUCAGGAGUUUAACUCUUACCUUUGGGGAGCUUCCAAGAACACACACAGCCCGCAACCACACAUUCCACACUCGUCACCCCACAAAUAAAGACACGCUGAUCGCCUUUUAGUCACACCACAGACUUGGCACUUUAGACAUGUAUAUGAUCCCAUGUAUAUGAUCCUAAAGCUUUUUUAUAGUCAGUUUCACACACACACACAGGUACAUACACAUACACACACACACACACACACACACUUGUUUAUAUAUUACAUGUAUGCAGUAUCUCCUUAAUACUCCAAAUAUUUGGCAAAAUAUGCAUAAUAUAUGAUUUUGUACUCCAUUAUUCACAGAAAUGAAUGCACCCAAUAGAAGAAGAAGAAAAACAAGCCAUAGCACUUGGCUAUGGAAAACUGAUCUUUUUUUUAUAGAAAUAUAAUCUAAAAAUAUUCCUGAUGAAGUUUCCUCAUGCUGCAAGCUGUUGGCUCACUUGUGAUUUCCUGUUGAUGUAAUAACUCCUGAUUAGAUGUAAUAUUUCCUGAUCAGAUGGCUUCCACACAGCACUGGUGAGAGAGGCUGCUAGUGUUAGUGGAGCUGUGCAUAGCAGAUCUAUGGGGGUGCUGCACUGUUGAAUUUCUCUGCUUGUCAUGGAUUGAUUUUUGUAUUUCAGUUCAAACGAAAUAAUUUCCUAUGUCAUUAUUUACAUGAGAAGUUCAGGGCGAAGAUUGUUCCUGACCAAAGUACCGUAGUACUUGCUGUUUAGAGGUAGCAUGGCAUGAUUUUUCAUUAGUAGCAGUUUACUGACUUUUUUUCUCAUCUCGAAAAACCAUGUGCUGUGCCCCUUAAAAUUAAAAGGAGCCAGACGUUGCACUAGCAGAAAUAGUGACACAAAAUUGGAUGCUAUUAAUAGUUUUUUAUAUUUAUUCUUCAAAGAACAUUCCUUUUACUUUUUUUUUUUUUUUACAUUGUCCCCUUGAACUUGCAUUGUCUAGUAGUGUUUAGCUUCUGUUACUUCUGUUGCAGAAGCACUCUUAAUACACAAGGUUUGAAGAUCUGACCACCAUAGAAGAAGCAAUAAUAUUAUCAAAGUAAUAACCAGAGUAGAGAUUUUCACAGUGGUCCUGGGUGCAAUUACGUUUAAUCUACAUGCAUGCAUAAUUUCCUAAACCACACUACGCUGCAAUUGUCUUCCUGCAGCCAUUCAGAGACACCAAGAUGUGCUCUUUGGUAACUAGAGUACAUAUAAGCAAAUAUUUUAAUUUUCAGAUGAACAAAUUGGCAAAGGCUUUAAAAUAAAUUUGAAGCUCCUGGUUGGUUAUAAAAUACAAUAUCAUAGGGGUAUGUAAAGGACAUAGUUAUGAGGAAGAGGUCGUCGUUUUUAUGAGAAUUAAUUUUGGUGUCCCUAAAUCCGCCCGAAAUUGUGCUUCUGCUAACUAUGUUCCACUUAGUUCAUUUGUCUGUUACUGGCAGUUCCUGUACAGUACAUAGAGUAAAAAGAGACCUGUUGUCAUUACGUGCCUUGCAGCCGCUCUAGCUGUACUCAACGUUGAUGGUGGAUGGCUCAUUCUGCUGCUCAGCACGUGUUAAUCCAGAUUAUCCGUUUAUGCUACAGCCAGCGAAAUUGCUUAUUCUACGUAGUCUCCCCACACUGGCCGACGCUGACGGCUCGGCCCUGCCUGAUCGCUUGACUGUGCGAACGCCACGUUGUUUGCUACCUCUCAAAGUGGUCUACCUUGCAAACUGAUUUUUUUUUUUUUGUUUGUUUGUUUGCACUCAUACCUCUGUAUGAAAUAUGCAUUUUGAAGGAGCAAUGUGAUAUGCAAAAUUUGCCCAGGUCCGAGGCAAAAACAUGGAAUGUAACCGCGCCAUUUUUGCACAGAGUUCCUUUCGUUCGUUCUGUUCUUGUUGGCAUCUCCUCUUAUUGUUAGUUUACCCUGUGUUGUUCUGUCUUUUAUUCAAACUUUAUAUCCAGUUGUACAGCUGAUGGACCGAGAAUGAGUUUUGAUGAGGCCAAGAAACCUUUCCUUGCAGGUCCACUGAUUAACUGUUUCUGAGUUUGUCAGAAUUGCAGUGCUGUCUAAAGAGUGUGCUAGAAAAGAUCCUGUGAAACUCUAAGCACAAAAACUGUCCAUGAAAACCUGUCAGUGUGGGUGCAAUUUGGUCGCCUACUCAUUAGAAGUUCGGUCGUUCAUAUAGUUUGGUUUAAGAUUCAUGAUUUGUGGAGUGUGUUUUGCAUGCGUCAGAUGCGUUUACUGCUUGUUCUUCCCUUGAAGGAGCUUGGCAUUUUAGAUUAUAAAACAUUUUACUUGUUUACCUUUUGAAAUAUAUCGAGCUAUAAAUGAAUGAAAUUCAAAUGGUAAAAUGUUACUCCCAAAGUUCAUAUAAUAAAUGCAUGAAUAAAUUA